AGAGCGCAGUGCCGGAGAGAGGUGUCUAUUUGUAGGGGGACUUUACAACCUUCAGAGCAUCUGGAGAGAUUUUCUCACAGGGCAGAACGCAGGGUUAGCUCGUUAUAAACAUAGAGAGAUUGCUACCGUGCAAAUGUGAGGAAGGGCGGAGGUGCUUAAGCAGGUGGAUCAGGCUGCAGCAAGUAUUUAGGGGGACCAAGGCUGUGGUGGCAAAGACCCAUCUGUUGUUUCAUCGUUUGUUUGUUUAUUCCUCCUCCUCAUGCCUUCCCCCUCCCUUAAAUCCAGGGACCGUUCACGCCUCUUGCAAAUGAGAUCUGGGCGAUGCUGAGAGAGCAGCGUGUUGCAUGGCGUGUGUGUGCAUGCAUUCGGGGGUAGGAUACUCCGUCCUCAGCAUUUGCCUGUGAUCAGAAGAAAAUAGGACGUGCCUGUAGCUGGAGGAGUGACAAUGCUAGCCGAGUGGGGCUCACCUGCUGGUGAUCUUUGCAGAGGCAUUUGAGGAUUAUUCAGCUCCAGAAGGUCUGUGUGAGGAGUGCUAUCUCUGCCGUGGCUGAAAAUAGGAGGUGCCUACCCCUACCUGUCUUAAUUAUUGCUACCAAAAGGACCAUUUUGCCACCACCUUGAGAAGAAGCACUUGCUGCCACUGACAAGGUAUGAGAAUUAUGACCUCAUGUGCAGCUCUGCAUAGCUGUCCACUUGGAGAUGAUGGUGACUCCUUAGAGAACAGAUGCCAACUCGUGGUUAACAAUCAAUACAGUGCUGUUUCUAUCCAGAAGAUUUGAUAACUGCUUUUCGCCAGCUCUCUAACUUUUUUUUCAUCAUGUUGUCUCUACCAGCCUAAAAUUUCCUAAAAUGGUCCUUUUGCUUUUCCUUGCAAUCCUGCUGUUGAAGGAAGAUGUCUGUGGGAACUUUGGGCUUUUGGUUUCAGCACAGGCAAAUGAGAGAAGAGUGGUUGCACACAUGCCUGGUGAUAUUAUCAUUGGAGCUCUAUUCUCUGUCCAUCAUCAACCAACUGUUGACAAAGUUCAUGAGAGGAAAUGUGGAGAGGUAAGAGAGCAGUAUGGUAUUCAGAGAGUGGAGGCAAUGCUACAUACCCUUGACAGAAUUAAUCUGGAUCCCACACUGUUGCCAAAUAUAACAUUAGGAUGUGAAAUAAGGGACUCCUGCUGGCACUCUGCUGUGGCUCUGGAGCAGAGCAUUGAGUUUAUAAGGGACUCUCUCAUUUCUUCGGAAGAAGAGGAAGGGAUGGUGCGAUGUGUGGAUGGAUCAUCAUCGUCUUUCCGCUCCAAGAAGCCCAUUGUUGGUGUCAUUGGGCCUGGCUCCAGCUCCGUUGCUAUCCAGGUCCAGAACUUGUUGCAGCUUUUCAAUAUACCUCAGAUUGCUUAUUCUGCCACAAGCAUGGACCUGAGCGACAAAACCCUGUUCAAGUAUUUUAUGAGAGUGGUGCCAUCUGAUGCACAGCAAGCAAAGGCCAUGGUGGACAUUGUCAAACGCUAUAACUGGACCUACGUUUCUGCUGUACACACCGAAGGAAACUAUGGUGAAAGUGGAAUGGAAGCUUUCAAAGACAUGGCAGCCAAGGAAGGGAUCUGCAUUGCACACUCCUACAAGAUCUACAGCAAUGCUGGCGAGCAGAGCUUUGACAAGCUGCUGCGAAAGCUUCGGAGCCACCUGCCCAAGGCAAGAGUGGUUGCCUGCUUCUGUGAAGGCAUGACUGUGAGAGGCCUCCUGAUGGCUAUGAGGCGCCUGGGACUCGCUGGAGAGUUUUUGCUGCUGGGCAGUGACGGCUGGGCAGACAGGUAUGACGUGACAGAAGGGUACCAGAACGAAGCUGUCGGAGGGAUAACGAUCAAGCUGCAGUCUCCAGACGUGAAGUGGUUCGAUGAUUACUACCUGCAGCUUCGGCCAGAAACCAACCAUCGCAAUCCAUGGUUCCAGGAAUUCUGGCAGCACAGGUUCCAGUGCAGGCUGGAAGGGUUUCCUCAAGAGAACCCUAAAUACAAUAAGACUUGCACAAGCCAGAUGACUCUGAGGACGCAGCACGUUCAGGACUCCAAGAUGGGUUUUGUAAUCAACGCAAUAUACUCCAUGGCCUAUGGGCUCCACAACAUGCAGCUGUCGUUGUGCCCAGGCUACGUGGGCCUCUGUGAUGCCAUGAAGCCCAUAGAUGGUCGGAAACUCCUGGAAUCCCUCAUGAAGACCAACUUUACCGGGGUCUCUGGGGACAUGAUCUUGUUUGAUGAGAAUGGUGACUCACCAGGAAGAUAUGAAAUCAUGAAUUUUAAACAAAUGGGGAAGGACUACUUUGAUUAUAUCAACGUUGGCAGCUGGGACAAUGGUGAGCUGAAAAUGGACGAUGAUGAAAUAUGGUCAGAGAAAAGUAAUAUCAUCAGAUCUGUGUGCAGUGAACCCUGUGAAAAAGGCCAGAUAAAGGUGAUCCGUAAAGGAGAAGUGAGUUGCUGUUGGACCUGCACCCCUUGCAAAGAGAACGAGUAUGUCUCUGAUGAAUACACGUGCAAAGCCUGCCAGCUCGGCUCCUGGCCCAACGAGGACCUCACAGGCUGUGACCUCAUCCCAGUCCAGUAUCUCAGAUGGGGCGAUCCCGAGCCGAUUGCAGCCGUUGUUUUUGCAUGCCUGGGUCUGUUGGCCACGCUGUUUGUUACAAUCGUAUUCAUAAUGUACCGUGAUACUCCCGUGGUCAAAUCAUCCAGCCGAGAACUCUGCUACAUCAUUCUGGCCGGCAUCUGCUUGGGUUACUUGUGCACUUUCUGUCUGAUUGCAAAGCCUCAACAGAUUUACUGUUACCUUCAGCGAAUUGGCAUCGGGCUCUCGCCGGCUAUGAGUUAUUCUGCUCUAGUAACCAAAACCAACCGCAUCGCAAGAAUCCUGGCUGGAAGCAAGAAGAAAAUUUGUACAAAGAAACCUAGGUUCAUGAGUGCCUGCGCCCAGCUGGUUAUUGCAUUCAUCUUGAUAUGUAUACAAUUAGGCAUCAUAGUUGCCCUCUUUAUAAUGGAGCCACCAGACAUAAUGCAUGAUUACCCAAGCAUCCGAGAGGUCUACCUGAUUUGUAACACCACCAACUUGGGUGUUGUGACUCCCCUUGGAUACAAUGGGUUAUUAAUUUUGAGCUGCACCUUUUAUGCAUUUAAGACAAGAAAUGUCCCAGCUAAUUUCAACGAAGCAAAGUAUAUCGCCUUCACCAUGUAUACCACCUGCAUCAUCUGGCUGGCUUUUGUGCCAAUCUAUUUUGGAAGCAACUACAAGAUAAUCACCAUGUGUUUCUCGGUGAGUCUGAGUGCCACGGUGGCCCUUGGCUGCAUGUUUGUGCCCAAGGUCUACAUCAUCCUGGCUAAGCCGGAGAGGAACGUGCGCAGCGCGUUCACCACGUCGACGGUAGUGCGGAUGCACGUCGGGGAUGGGAAGUCAUCCUCAGCUGCCAGCCGCUCCAGCAGCCUGGUGAACCUGUGGAAAAGAAGGGGAUCAUCUGGUGAAACGCUUAGGUACAAAGGCAGGAGACUGGCCCCCCCGCACAAGUCGGAAAUAGAGUGUUUCACCCCAAAAGGGAGUAUGGGGAAUGGUGGGCGAGCUACAAUGACCAGUGAAGAAUCUGUUUGCAUUCCAGACUGUAAUCGAUCUGAGUCAAGUAGAGAGGAGAAAAAGGUUCCUGUUAAAGAGGAUGCCCAAACAGUCAAAAAGACUGGGAACUGUGUCAGUGUAAUAGCUCCACAGCAAGACUGUCAGCUGCAAGACCUGCUCAAACACUCUAACGGGAAAUCAGUUUCCUGGGCCCAGAACGAGAAGAGCAGCCGAGGAGCACACCUUUGGCAGCGGUUGUCAGUCCACAUCAACAAAAAAGAGAACCCCAACCAAACGGCAGUGAUCAAGCCUUUUUCCAAAAGCACAGACAGUAGCCGACACAGUAGCAGCGCUACAUUUCCCGAGGCCAGUGCCAAAACGCUGUACGACGUUUCGGAAGCAGAAGAGCAAUACCCAGCUCAGUACCGACCACAGACUCCCUCACCAAUCAGCACUUUGAGCCACAGAACUGCCUCUGUCAGCCGAACAGAAGAUGAAGCCCCAACCUUCCAGUCAGAGCCUCCUCAGCGGAGUAGCUCCUCUCAAGGCUCCCUCAUGGAGCAGAUCAGCAGUGUGGUCACUCGCUUCACAGCCAACAUCAGUGAGCUGAACUCUAUGAUGCUUUCAACAUCUACUCCAGGGACAAUGGGGGCUGCUCCUCUCUGCUCUUCAUACCUGAUUCCACGGGAAAUCCAGCUCCCUACAACAAUGACCACGCUUGCAGAGAUCCAACCGCUUCCUGCCAUUGAAGUCAAUGGCGCCUCGCAGGCUGCUAGGAAACCUUCAAACGACAGCAUCAAAGAAGGCACUUCAGAGACCCCAACAGCCAAGCAAGACCUGGAGGAGCUGGUGGCUUUAACUCCUCCUUCUCCUUUUAGGGACUCCAUCGAUUCUGGAAGUGCAUCUCCCAGCUCUCCGGCUUCUGAAUCAGCUCUCUGUAUCCCGUCCUCCCCCAAAUAUGACACACUCCUCAUCAGAGAUUAUACUCAAAGUUCUUCUUCGCUGUGAAUGUAGUUCAAGACGACAUUGGAUCUCAACAGCUACAAGCAAGUAGUGAGGGGGCAGCCAAGUCUUCAAGAUCUCCGGUGUUUACGCAGACAGAGUGAGAGGCAUUGGGUCAUCUAGUGAGAAAUGGAAGGGAAGAAGAGGAAUCACUUGAGAGGUGGAAACAUCAGAUUGAUUAUUCUGAUUUAAAGACAACAUGACUCUUGGCAGAUUAUCGUGGCCUUAAAAAAACAUGGGCUUUUCAGAAACACUGAAUCUAUUUUUGAGGGCUUAUAAGGAGUCUGUUAAUCCAGUUACAUACCAAGUGCUUUGCUUUAGUAUUACAAUGAACUGUGUGUACAAUAGGGGAAGGGGGGGAACGAGAUUGUAAACAACUGUACAAUGGUUUGUUUGUUUACUCUGAUCCCUUACCCAGAAGUGAACCUUGAUCUUUUAUCAAGAAUAGAAGACCAAACGUUGAAUGUACAUUUUCUAACAGACUCAAAUCUGGGACCAA